AGCCUGGGGGAAUAAGUACCUAACACUCAAUACAACCGCGAGGACAAUGCAGAACACCGUUGCAAGCGAGCAAAUAUUGAUCAUCAAAGCGUUGAAGAACAUAUUGCAAGAUCGCGGAAUAAAGAAGGCUCGGCAUUGCAAGUUGAAAAACGCUUGCAAGGAUGUGCUGGAGUGGGCCAAGAGGACGCCGGAGUGGGGCGCCGGCCCCCGUCGGCGCCGGCCGUCGGUGACCGGUCAGCUGAGCGCAGACGUCACGGCCGACGUGUACCUGGUGCCGCUGGAGCUGGCCUGUCGCUCCGAGUCGGCCACGGUGGUCGUCUCCGCCGCCGACUGCCUCCAGAAGCUGAUUUCUCACGGUCACCUGACGGGGGACCGGCCGGACCCGACGUCUCCGGCGGCCGGUCAGCGGCAGAUGGACCGUAUUGUGCAGACCGUGUGCGGCUGCUUCACGGGCGCGUACACCGACGAGCAGGUGCAGCUGCACGUGCUCAAGCUGAUUCUGACGGUACUCACGUCCCGGCGUGUCCGUGUGCACGAGGGGACCGUGCUGCGCGCGAUGCGCACCUGCUACGACAUCCACGUGACCAGCAGGAGCGCCGUGUGCCAGACGGCCGCCAGAGCCACGCUCACAAAGUUUAUCAACGUGCUUUUCAUGCGACUGGAGGAGCCAGAGACCGCCGAUCGAGGCACCAGAGCAGACAGCUCCUCGGAUGACUAUUCAGGCGUCGAGACACCAUCUUCAACCUCUGAGCGAGACCUAUCUCCGAUUGACGACUGCUCUAGUACCACGGGCUGGGAGGAUUCUGCAGGCGACUGGCCGGCCGCCGCAGCUGGAGACAGGCGCAGGUCCGGCGCAGCGUCACCACGAGACCCGGCCGGCGGACCAGAGACGGGCGCCGAGCUGCUGCCCCGCUCCGUCGUGGACGAACUGGUAGACGGCUCGGCGAGCUCGGAGACCGAUACCGAUGGUGACAGUACGGAUGGUGCCUCCGUGAGCAGUGACCUGCGGGACACCAGUUCCGAGCCAGGCUCCGACCGAUCCUCCAGCUGUGACAUGUCCAGACUCAGCUGGCCACUCUCACAGGAGAGUGAUGACGUCAGCGAGGCCGAACAAGGGACGUCAGAGUUCCUGGACAAACGUGAUAAAGACGCAUUCUUUGUUUUCCGAGCUCUGUGUACGUUUUCUAUGAGGCCUCUACCUGAAGAAAGACUCGACCUCAAGUCCCCCGAGCUGCGCUCCAAGGUGCUGUCGCUGGAGCUGCUGCUGUCCAUCCUGCAGUCGCCCGGCCGCGCGUUCACCUCCAGCGAGAUGUUCAUCUCGGCCAUCAGACAGUACCUGUGCGUGGCGCUCUCCAAGAACGGCGCCUCCUCGGUGCCCGAGGUGUUCCAGCUGAGCCUGGCUAUCUUCCUGGCGCUGCUGGCCAACUUCAGACAGCACCUCAAGAAACAGAUCGAGGUCUUCUUCAACGACAUUAUCCUGACCCUGCUGGAGACGCCGAGCUCGUCGUUCGAGCACAAGUGGCUGGUGGUGCAGGCGCUGACGCACGUCUGCGCCGACGCCCAGAGCGUGGUCGACAUCUACGUCAACUACGACUGCCACUUCGCCUCGGCCAACGUGUUCGAGCGACUGGUAGUCGACCUCAGCAGGCUGGCGCAGGGUCGUCAGGUGGGCCUAACCGCCGCCCAGGAGCGCAGCAUCCGACUGAGGGCGCUCGAGUGCCUGGUCGGCCUGCUGAAGUGUAUGGUGGAGUGGAGCCGCGAGUUUAGCACCGGCAUCCAGUCACCCGCCUGCUCCGGCCUCGAUUCGGAGCGGGACUGGACCGAGGAGCCGGCCCCGGCCACCCCCGGCACCCUGUCCACACGCGGCAGCGAACUCAGCCUCUCAGACCAUACACCGGAGGCGUACGAGUCGCUCAAGCAGAUCAAGGACACCUGGGAGCAGGGCAUCGACAUGUUUAAUCGGAAGCCGAAGCGCGGCCUGGCGUUCCUGCAGCGUCAGGGUCUCCUGAAGGACACACCGGACUCGAUCGCGGCGUUUUUCCACGAGGAUCACCGGCUAGACCGGACCGUGCUGGGAGACUUCCUCGGCGAGCCCGACCAGCAGCAGGUGAUGGAAGCGUACGUGGAUCGUCUGGACUUUGUCGGCUGCGAAUUUCUGGCGGCACUACGCCAGUUCCUGGACGGUUUCAGACUCCCAGGCGAGGCGCAGAAGAUCGAUCGACUGAUGGAAAAGUUCGCGAGCAAAUACUGCGAGUGCAAUCCCGACCAGGAGUUGUUCACCAGUCCAGACACAGCCUACGUGCUGGCAUUUUCCAUCAUCAUGCUGACUACUGAUCUGCACAGCGCCCAUGUCAAGCACAAAAUCACCAUGGAGCAGUACAUCCGGAUGAACCGCGGGAUCAACGGCGGAGAGGACCUGCCGCCUCUCUACCUGACGAGAAUAUACGACGACAUCGCCGGCAACGCCAUCAAGAUGAGGGUCAUACCGUGCGCCAGACCUGGCAGACAGGUGGCCCAGAACGAGAAGCAGCGCCGGCUCCUGUUCAACCUGGAGAUGGAGCAGAUGUCGAUGGCGGCCAGGUCGCUGAUGGAGGCCGCCAGCCACGUGCAGGCCGAGUUCACGUGCGCCACGCACGUGGAGCACGUGCGGCCCAUGUUCCAGCUGGCCUGGGCGCCGGUGCUGGCGGCGUUUAGCACGGGCCUGCAGGACGGCGAGGGCGCCGAGGUGGACGACCUCUGUCUGGACGGCGUCCGCUGCGCCAUCCACAUCGCCUGCGUGUUCCAGAUGCAGAUGGAGCGUGACGCCUACCUACAGACGCUGGCCCGUUUCGCCCUGGCCUCCGCCAGCGCCGGCGACGCCGAGAUCAAGGCCAGGGACAUGGACACGGUCAAGAUGCUGAUCCUGCUGGCGCUGCGGGACGGCAACUUCCUCAGCCGGCCGUGGCCGGAGAUGCUGCGCUGUAUAGCACAGAUGGAGGAAGCCCACCUCAGCGGAGUCGGAUGGCCGGCCCAGCAGGAGGGAGGGCUGGCCAGAGAGACGGCAGAGCUGACACAGCGGAACGCCGGGACUCCCAACGGUCCCCUGGCAGUCGAGCUCAGCACGGACCGGCGGCCUCCCCGGCCGCUGCAGCUGUCGCCGUCACAGCAGCGACUGUCGUUCUUCCCUCUGUUCAGAUGAUCCGCGCAGGCUCCUCCGACCUGCCGUGAUCGCCAACCCAGCUCCGAGCUGAAGAUGGAACGGGUGUUAUUGAGAGCAGCUAUAGUCCCGCUGAGUCUGACUGUUGGUGUCAUGGCACGCCGUGGCUGUCGUACCUGAGUCAAGCCUCAGAAAGUCAGAAGUAAUCACGACAAAGGCUGGGACUGUCCGGACUGUAGUGAAUGACCCUAGCUCUAGUCUCGCCUCUCGGGCAAAAGAGAGUGAGCUUGCGUGACUGAAUAUAGCUGGGUCUAGACUACCGUGACUGAGCCAAGCUGUGCGUUGGGUUUCGGGACUGAGAAUGGUUGCGCCUCGUCUGCACUGACUGGGAAAUGGCAUAGCUGUAUUAUUGAGUCUAGCUGGACUAGGCUGCCAUAACUAAGCCUAGCUGUGCCUAGGACACCGUCGGGACUGAGCCUGGACGCGUAUACGUUGCUCUGUCCUAUAAUCGAUAGGCCCAGGCUGUCGUGACUGGGCACAACUGUGCCUUGGCUGUUGUGAUAGAGGUCAGCUCUGUCCACGUCGUGACUGCAUGUAGCUGUACGUUAGCCGCCGUGACUGAGCAAGAGUGUGCCUUGGCACGCCCAGGAGUCUGGGUAUACCGACCCUGGCUGUGUACUGUCCUCUGCCUAGGCAGUCCGGCGCGGGUGAGCGGAACUGUGCCCGGUCUGCAGUGAUUACUGAUUAUACCUAGCUGAACCUAGGCCGAACAAAUGCAUGACGGCUGCGGAUGGGCGGCACUGGGCGCUGUGUUCCCCGACUGAAUGUUCAUGGUUUCAGACCAUCACCCACCAGGAUUGCAUUUAAGCGAAAAACAGCAGCGUCGACGGGUCCAAAUAUAUACCGUAGUGUAAUAA